UCAACCGAUAUCAAACUUACUUGAAACGUUGUACGAACUACUACAAGAUCAAGAUGUCUCGUUCCAUGAUGUUUGUGUUCAUCGUCGUUGCAGUAUUAUGUGUUACGGUUGAGUGUAACAAAUGGUGUCCACCGAAUGAAGUUUGGAACGACUGUGGCACUGCCUGUCCAAAAACUUGCGAAAAUCCUAAUCCACAAAUUUGUACUGAGCAAUGCGUUAUCGGCUGUCAAUGCAAGGACGGUCUUGUGAGAAAUAAGAAUUGGAAGUGUGUUCCGAAAUGGAAAUGUUAAUCAUCUAUCAAAUUUGUGAUUCCAGUGAUGUCAAUUGUUAUAUUACUCAACAUUAUGUUAUAAUUAGUUUCGUGUUACUAUUGCAUGUUACUUCAAUAAAGAUAAAAUAAAGAAUUUUAAUUAGCAUAC